ACGCACUUCCGCCGUGGGAGGAUUUGUUUUCGUUUUAGCCGAAGCAGCCGAGUGUGUUUGUGUCGGUACAUUUGUCACGCCUCUGGACGUGUAGUAUACCGUUUACUACGAACCGUACAUACAGACAACUUUUAAUUGCCGGAACACCGGGCUAGUAUCGCCGGUCGUCGAAAUAGCUUUUAUUGCAAAGCGAGCGAUCGAUCGAAGACCGCCUUUUUGCUUUUCAAGUUUGGGUCAGAGACAAGACUAUCGCGGCCGCCGGGGAGGUCGGGCCUUGAUCAUCAAUAGUUCAACUUCCAAGUUGAUAAUUAGAUGAAAGUAUGAUGGAACAGGUAACUUAUCAAGUGGGAUGUGAUGUUGAUGGGGCAGUCAAUAAACUUUCACUGAUGGGGAUAGACGAAACAAGUCGAUCAUUGGUAACCAACGGAAAGUGUGAGAUGGAGAAGAAGGAGAUAGAAAUAGAUAUGAGAGUAGCAGUAUUCUGUACAGAAGAAGAUGAAGAGGAACGUUUAGAAUAUGGGAUUGUGAAGUACAUAGGAAUACUCAAACAUCAACAGCAGCCUUAUGUUGGCAUUGAACUGGAUAAUCCCAUGGGAUCAGGCAAUGGUAAAUUUGGUGGGGAACGACUGUUCAAAACAGAGAGAAACCAUGCUCUUUUUGUCUCAAUUGAAUCUGUAUUGCCAGCACAUCUUCUUGAAGAAGGUUCUACAUGUACUGCUCUUAAAAAAACCCAUGUUGUACAGAAACCUGCUUAUCCAUUCAAUCUCAGUGACUUCACUGACAAAUUCCUUACCUGCAAAUUAUGUGAAGAACUGUUUGAUGACGGCGAUAGAGUGGCAAAAGGUCUGCCAUGUUAUCACACAUAUUGUAAAACCUGUCUGGAGCACUACGUUAAAAAAAGCCCCGCCUUCAACUGUCCAGCUUGCCGGUAUAUAAUAACAAUGCCAAAUGAGGGAAUUGAUGGAUUUCCAAAUGAUUUUAACAAACAGAGUUUAAGGGAUUAUUUUUAUAAAGAACCCAAAAAAGAAAAUUCUGAAAAAACAGAAGCCACAGUUGUGCAAAACAGUGCAGAUGCCCUUGACCAAACAGGCUCAUCCAAUCAGAGAAGUCCAGGAGUGCAGUACAUGUAUCAACCACUUCCUGCUCAACAGCCAAUAAAUUGUCAUCAGCAAUGUUUUCCACAACGACCUCCAUUUCAAGAAACUGCUUUUCCAGACAGUAUUAACCAAGUAACCAGACCACAUGCUACAAAUUAUAUAAAUUCUGGUAUUAGAAGUGCUACUACAAUUCCAGUUGGUGCUUGUGGCUUAUUUUCGAAUCAUGACUCUGGUUCAUCAGGCGAUGUAAAUUUCAUGAAGACAGGUGCACCAUAUUCUAAUAGUACAGCAUUGCAUUAUGAUCCAUGCAAUGACAGAAACCUGGUACAGAAAAGAGAGCCUCCAUCACUGUCGAUACCACCUCACCACCAACAGCAGCAGCAGCAGCAGCAACAACAGCAGCAGCAGCAGCAGCAGCAGCAGCAACAACAACAACAACAACAACAACAGCAACAGCAGCAACAACAACAACAACAACAACAACAGCAGCAGCAAAAUGUGUUUCCCCAGUUUCAGUACACUCAACAAAAUCAAUUCAAGAGAUUCCCAGAAUUGUCAAUGCAACAUUCCCACCCAGGGGUUAGUACACAAAUCCAAAACUUCAAUCUGAACAUCAUUUAA